AAGUGCAGCCAUCCAGCCAUGGUGGUUUUCAAUGGCUUGCUGAAAAUCAAGAUCUGCGAGGCGGUGAAUCUGAAACCCACAGCGUGGUCUCUGAGGCAUGCGGUGGGUCCCAGGCCACAGACCUUUUUGCUGGACCCUUACAUAGCCCUCAAUGUGGAUGACUCCAGGAUCGGGCAGACCUCAACCAAGCAAAAGACCAACAGUCCUGCUUGGAACGAUGAAUUUGUCACCGACGUUUGUAAUGGCAGGAAGAUAGAGAUGGCUGUUUUCCACGAUGCCCCCAUCGGGUACGACGAUUUUGUAGCUAACUGCACUAUACAGUUCGAGGACUUGCUGCAGAACGGGAGCCGCCACUUCGAGGACUGGAUUGACUUGGAGCCAGAAGGGAGAGUGUAUGUCAUCAUAGACCUUUCAGGAUCAUCAGGUGAAGCACCCAAAGACAAUGAAGAACGUGUGUUCCGGGAACGUAUGCGCCCCAGAAAGCGCCAGGGUGCUGUGCGACGCAGAGUACAUCAGGUUAAUGGACACAAGUUUAUGGCCACCUAUCUUAGACAACCAACAUAUUGUUCGCACUGCAGAGAUUUUAUAUGGGGUGUAAUAGGAAAACAGGGAUACCAAUGUCAAGUUUGCACUUGUGUAGUCCACAAGAGAUGCCAUGAACUUAUAAUAACGAAGUGUGCUGGCUUAAAAAAACAGGAAACUCACGAUGAGCAAGUGGGAUCCCAGCGUUUCAGUGUCAACAUGCCUCACAAGUUCAGCAUUCACAAUUACAAAGUGCCCACCUUCUGUGACCACUGUGGUUCAUUGCUCUGGGGUCUUUUGAGACAAGGUUUACAAUGCAAAGUUUGCAAGAUGAAUGUACAUCGACGCUGUGAAACAAAUGUGGCACCAAACUGUGGAGUGGAUGCUAGAGGCAUAGCUAAAGUUCUUGCAGAUCUUGGAGUCACUCCAGAUAAGAUCACUAAUAGUGGGCAGAGGAGGAAAAAGCUAAUUGCAGGUGCAGAGACUCAACAACCAGUUCCCGGAAGCACAUCAUCAGAAGAAGACAGGUCAAAGUCAGCACCAACUUCUCCAUGUGAUCAAGAAAUCAAAGAGCUGGAAAACAACAUUAGGAAAGCGUUGUCAUUUGACAAUCGGGGAGAGGAACACAGGGCAACAGCUACAACGUCAACAGACAACCAGCUUAACAAAGCUGGGGAGAAUGGUGAAAAUGGGGAGGUCAAACAGGCCCAGACCAAGCGAAUAGGCCUUGAAGAGUUCAACUUCAUCAAAGUAUUAGGGAAAGGCAGCUUUGGCAAGGUAAUGUUAGCUGAGCUAAAAGGAAAAGAUGAAGUAUACGCAGUGAAAGUCUUGAAGAAAGAUGUCAUACUUCAAGAUGACGAUGUAGACUGUACAAUGACAGAAAAGAGAAUUCUGGCAUUGGCACGGAAACAUCCAUACCUAACACAACUUUACUGCUGCUUCCAGACGAAGUAUACAAAAUGUUCAAAAGAGAAAGGAAAUACGUAUGCUGCUUAUCAAGUAAGUUCCUAUGGUGCUAACGCCUCCCAUGUGCUUGAGGAGCAGGGAGAAGGAAAGGCAGAGAGCGCCGAUAAUGAGAGCCUGUUCCUGUGGCGUGUUCCUUGUUG